AACCCUCCCCCUUCUGCUCACGUCUCUCAACUUCUACAAUCACAGAGAAAUACAGAAACAGAGGUAGAGAGAGAUUCAAUUGUGGAGUGUUGUUUCUGUGUGAGUGUUGUUCUUGGACAUGUCGCUGCUUUCAGAUCUCAUCAACCUCAAUCUCUCAGAUUCCACUGACAAGAUCAUCGCUGAGUACAUAUGGAUCGGUGGCUCGGGUUUGGACCUGCGAAGCAAAGCAAGGACUAUUCCUGGACCAGUUAGCGAUCCUUCAAAGCUUCCCAAGUGGAAUUAUGAUGGUUCUAGCACGGGACAGGCACCGGGAGAAGAUAGUGAAGUGAUCUUAUAUCCUCAGGCCAUUUUCAAGGAUCCAUUUAGGAGGGGAAACAAUAUACUUGUUAUGUGUGAUGCUUACACUCCAGCCGGAGAUCCGAUCCCGACCAACAAGAGAUGUGCUGCUUCUAAGAUAUUCAGCCAUCCUGAUGUUGUCGCUGAAGUACCUUGGUAUGGUAUUGAACAAGAGUACACUUUGCUGCAAAAAGAUGUCAAGUGGCCUAUUGGAUGGCCGAUUGGUGGCUAUCCUGGUCCACAGGGUCCGUACUAUUGUGCUGCUGGAGCUGACAAAGCCUUUGGGAGAGACAUUGUGGACUCCCACUACAAGGCCUGUCUCUACGCAGGCAUCAACAUAAGUGGGAUAAACGGAGAAGUGAUGCCAGGCCAAUGGGAAUUUCAAGUUGGCCCUUCUGUUGGUAUUUCUGCCGGUGAUGAGUUGUGGGUUGCUCGUUACAUUUUGGAGAGGAUCACUGAGAUUGCUGGGGUGGUGCUCUCCUUCGAUCCCAAGCCAAUUCAGGGUGAUUGGAAUGGAGCUGGUGCACACACUAAUUACAGCACUGAGUCUAUGAGAAGCGAUGGAGGCUAUGAGGUCAUCAAGAAAGCAAUUGAAAAACUAGGACUGAGGCAUAAAGAACACAUUGCUGCAUAUGGAGAAGGAAAUGAACGUCGCCUCACAGGACGACAUGAAACAGCUGACAUCAACACUUUCCUAUGGGGAGUUGCAAACCGUGGGGCAUCUAUCAGGGUUGGCCGAGACACAGAGAAGGCCGGGAAGGGGUACUUUGAGGACAGGAGGCCCGCUUCUAACAUGGAUCCAUACAUCGUGACAUCCAUGAUUGCAGAAACCACUAUCCUCUGGAAACCAUGAGUGCUAAUCCACUCAGAUUCACCUUCAAAGACAGUUGUUACUGCCUUCCUUUCGCACUAAUAGAAAAGAAAUAGUUGUCAGCAAUCAGCAGUUGUUUGCUCUCUCUUUUGAUUCCAAUUCGGUGUAGCAUCGCGGCUUGGUUUUGUGUUUUUUCACAAUACGAGUCGAGGUGGGCUUGUCGCUUCUUGUUUCAAUAAUUCAAGCACUUUGUAUUACUAUUCAAAAUUAUGAGAAGGGUCUUGUUUUAAUUUCUCUUAA